AUUCCAGCACACACCCAAUGGACGAAGGCAACACGGCUCAUGAAAUCGGUUCCCCGAAGCGUUCUUUUCUUGUCGGAAAAAACACAAAUAACUUUCAAUCCAAAUCUUCUCAAACAUCUCACAAUUCUCUCUCCUUCACCUCUGAGUAAUCUUUAACAUCUCUCAAUCAUUAGUACUUUCCAGUUUUGAUGACUUGUUUUAGGAAACAGCUGCUCUAUUUUUGCAUUUUCUGAGGAAUUUAGUCACAAGUUCAGGGUGGUAUCUGCUGCUAUUAAGCAUUGAUUUAAUAUGAAUGAACACUAUAUCAACAAGAGCGCGAGUGCGAGUGCAAGUGCAAGUGCGAGCUCAAGUUCAAGUUUGAACAGUAGUUUCCAAGAUACGGAGGAUGACGAAGUAAUUUCCAGAAUACUAGCAGAAGAAUCUCCGAGGAAUGAUGGCAGGCUUGGGAAAAGACUCUCCCAUUUGGACUCGAUCCCGCUCACUCCUCGCAUUAAUGGGGAAAUACCUGACGUGAGUGAUGCAACAUUAGACCAUGAGCGGCUCUCCGAAAGAUUGGCUACAUAUGGUUUAGCUGAACUGCAAAUGGAGGGAGAUGGCAAUUGUCAGUUUCGAGCCCUCGCAGAUCAGUUGUUUCGCAAUCCAGAUUAUCACAAACAUGUACGGAAGAAGGUUGUCAAGCAGCUGAAGCAUUUCAGAAAGUCUUAUGAAGGUUAUGUCCCAAUGAAGUACAGAAGCUACGUCAAGAAGAUGAAAAAAUUGGGAGAAUGGGGGGAUCAUAUUACUCUGCAAGGAGCUGCAGACUGUUUCGAAGUGAAAAUUUGUUUGGUCACCUCUUUUCGAGAUACCUGCUACAUUGAGAUCCUUCCCAAGGACAAGAAUCCUUCCAGAGAGAUAUGGUUGAGCUUUUGGAGCGAAGUACACUACAAUUCGUUGUAUGGAGUCGGAGAUGUUCCAACUAGAGCGCCGAGGAAAAAGCAUUGGCUUUUCUAGGGCUUUCCGGCUUGUAAUUAGUAUGAAAGAUCAACUUUUUGGAUAGUCUACCUUCAUCCAAAUUUGGCAAGUCGAAAUUACACACUACAUGACAUUCAAUUGUUUUUCUUGCUUAAUAUAUAAGGAGUUGGGUGUGCUGGGAAAAUAGCUUUCCAGAACUUGUACAUGAAUAAUUGCGUCUCACUUAUCCUCUACAGCAUUGUAACUUCCGGCGGUGGUAAAUAGAAAUAAAUUCAGACUGCCACGCUCAUUUGAUUUUCCGGUGGAAUAAUAUGUUCUCUCUUUUCCGUGCA